CUACGAGUAUCUAGAGGAAUAUCACAUCGUAUAUCUUUACAAUACCGUGACAGAGGUGUCGAGAUUUACUAUCGUGAGGUCGCAUUUUUGUUCGAUCUUUGGUAAAGAAUACACAGUGAAAAUAGCAUCAGUGUGAAGAUCCUGUGACAUGGAUACAAUCAAUAACGAAACGAAUGAAAAUGGGACCAAUGAAGGAUUGAAUAAGACGAAUUCGCUGGAGGAAUUCUAUGCCGGUAGCGGGAUCCUUGUGACUGGAGCAACCGGAUUCGUGGGAGUAGGUCUACUGGAAAAACUGAUGCGCGUGUGUCCACGCGUUGCUGCCAUUUUCAUUCUAAUUCGCCCAAAAUCUAACGAAACGAUAGAACAACGAUUUGAGAAGAUUAUAGAUGAUCCUAUUUACGAUAACAUUAAAGCGAAACAUCCCUCGGUUUUGAGCAAAGUUUACCCCGUGAAAGGUGACGUGAGUCUGCCGCAUUUAGGUCUUUCGCGAGAAGAUAGAAAUUUGCUGUUAGAGAAAGUAAACAUAGUGUUUCACGUCGCGGCCACUGUCAGAUUCAACGAGCCGUUGCACGUGGCUGUUAAUGUCAAUACGAAGGGUACUGUUCGUGUCAUCGAACUUUGGAAUGAACUGCGGCAUCCGAUUAGCUUCGUCCACGUCAGCACAGCUUAUAGUAAUGCGAAUCUAUACGAGAUUGAGGAAAAAGUUUAUACUACGAGCUUGAAACCUUCAGAGGUGAUCGAUGUGUGUGACAAAUUCGAUAAAACGUCCAUCAACGAAAUGGAGAAAAUAGUUUUAAAAACUUAUCCAAACACAUACACAUUCAGUAAGAAUUUAGCAGAGCAGAUUGUAGCAAGCAAAUGCAAGGAUCUGCCAGUUGCGAUAGUCCGGCCAAGUAUAAUUGGUGUCUCUUUAAAAGAACCAUGCCCUGGUUGGAUACAGGGUACUUCUGCAUUAACAGAUGUCUUUCUGCUUGUGAGCAGAGGAUGUGUAACAGCGAUGCGGUGUAGGAGAGAUGCAAGAUUGGAUGUAGUGCCUGUCGAUUUCGUAGUCGAUACGAUAAUUUGCACUGCAUGGCAUGUCACGCUACAUCGUGAUCGUGAAGUUAAAGUUUACAACUGCACGAGUAACGCACGUCCUUUUAAGUGGAGUCUGAUGAUAGAUUCUAUCGUAAAAUAUAGCAUAAACAUGCCACUGAACGAUACACUAUGGUACCCAGGUUGUUCGACCAUAGCUAACAGAUAUAUUUACAACGUUCGGAGUGUAAUUCCGCAUGUUUUGCGUGCGUUCGUCAUAGAUGUCUUUUUAAGACUCCGAGGUAGUAAACCAAUAAUGAUGAAACUUCUAAAAAGUGGCAUUAAGUUAUUCACAGUGAUAGGAUUUUUCACCACGCACGAAUGGACUUUCCAAAAGGAUAACUGUUCCAACUUGGCGAGGAAGGUAAAAAUGUUGAACGACAGCGAUAUGGUCAAACUAGAUAUAGGGGAUAUAGAUUGGGAGAAGUAUGUCGCAACUUACCUGAUGGGAAUUAGGAAAUUUAUUCUGAAACAAGACUUUAAAUCAACAGCCCGACAACGGUUAUCAAGGUUGUACUGGAUACAUCAGAUCACCAAAAUAUCCGGUAUAAUAAUUUUGUUAUGGAUAAUAUUAUAUUUUGUGUACUGACUAUUUGAACGUUACUUUUUUCUCUUUUAACAAAAAACAAUAUAAAUAGAAUUUUAUGAAGAAGGGGCUCAUAAUCCGGUUCAUUUUGUCUUUUCACUCGUGUCAUUUCUAAAUAAAUUCAUUUAUGGCAUUGCUUAAUAAGGACGUAUGUAUUUAUAUGCACACGGUUUAUGAUUUAUAAAUAAUUCAUACAUGACGAUUUCUUUACUUCUCGAUGUUUGUAAUAUAAUAGCAUUUGCAAACGCUCAUACAUCAUCUUUAAGUGUUUGUUUAAACAUCAUUUCUACAUAAAAAUUUUACGACAUGUGUUUAUGUAAUGCCAAACAACAAAAAAAUUAUAUAGGGAAAAAUAGUAAUAUUCACUACUAAUAAUUUGUAUAUUAAAUCUGUUCACUGAAAAUAAAUAUUUUUCCGUAUAAUGAUAAAAA